AAACAGAGGUGACACCUUUACAAGAUAAAGACGACCAGACCAUCACCAUUGAAAAAGUUUUCUCCGACUCUUCUUCUCUCUUUUAUCCUCCGAAAGAAUUCAAACUUCAGCAAAAAAAAAAAAAAAAGUAUGAGGCGUAAUUGCUUCCAUGUUUCGUUUGCUUCUAGUCUAAAGAUCCUCAAUUUUGUUCAAGCUUUCAUCGGUCUUUCCAUCAUUAUAUACUCUAUAUGGAUGCUCCAUGAAUACAACCGUCACCUACCCGUGGACCCGCCUCCGGCAGCUUCAUCGAGCUCCGGGAUCGAGAUCGGUACUAUUGUAUCUGAGCCCUUGAAGAAUCCUAUUGACUACAUGGCUAGUAUCCUUCUCGGGUCUAAUGGUGGUGAUCAUGGCUUUAACCUACGCUCCUUGGAUCUUCCUGCUCCAUGGUUCAUCUACUCUUUCAUGGCGGUUGGUAUUUUGGUCUGCAUUGUUACCUUCAUUGGAUUCAUAGCAGCUGAAGCUAUCAAUGGCUGUUGCUUGUGUUUUUACUCUAUUCUCAAAACUCUGCUCAUUCUACUUGAAGCUGCACUUGUUGCAUACAUAGCUAUUGAUCGUCACUGGGAAAAGGAUCUUCCGUAUGAUCCCACUGGAGAAAUCAGUAGUCUUAGGGCCUUCAUUGAAGAAAACAUCGAUAUAUGCAAAUGGGUUGGGAUUGCUGUGGUAGCGGUCCAGCUACUGUCGUUGCUACUAGCCAUGGUUCUAAGAGCUAUGGUUUCAACCCCGAAACCCGAGCUUGACGAAGAAGAAGGUUAUGAGAACCCCAGGGUUAGAGCUUAUGACCCACUUCUUGGUCCACAAGGAAACCAAGCGUCUGGUGGGUCAAGCAAGAUUGAAAACUGGAGCUCCCGAAUCAGAGAAAAGUAUGGUUUGAACCAGAGUCAAGCGGCGGUGAACCCGAAAGGCUGAUGAAGCCAAAUAAACCUGUUUCUGAAACUGCAUGUGUCCAUAUGGUCUCUCUGAAGCUUUUUUUCUCUAUGUUUUUUCUCCAGUGUGCAAAAAACAUUUGCUCAAAACGGUACCUAUUGUGUUUACUCAACAGUAUAACAUCUUCAUUUGUGUGUUUGCUUGUACAAACAAAAUCCUAUGAAACAGUUAAGAAAUAGCAUUUCCACUAUGAGGUUUUUACCA